AUGUCGUCUUCCCUCAAGACUUCAGCGCGACCCGGCGGACCCGCCUCGCUCCAGUCUAAGACAGAAAGACCAACUGCGAAGAGAAAUGCUCUAGCUGAAAUACAACCACGGGCGCAGCCUGCAUCUGUCUCACCUUACAAUCGCGCCCAAGGUCCUGCGAGCUCGUCACCACGACUGCCACAUCACGAGUCGCUCAAACCCGAGGGGAAUCUAUCCAUUCGCGAGAAAGCCGCAGGCAAACGCACCGUCAUCGAAAAUAAGCGGCUGUCGACUGUAGCGGAUGAUAUUGUCUCAGAGAGCAAGAGAGACUCACAAGUCUCGACAACUUCGGCAACAUCUGUCACUGUGAAGGGAAAAAGAAAGACUCACGUUGGACCAUGGCAGUUAGGGAAGACCUUAGGCAAGGGCGCCACUGGCCGAGUUCGUCUGGCAAAACAUGCAGGGACAGGACAAACCGCGGCAGUCAAGAUCGUCUCCAAGAAGUCUGCCGCACUUGUUCAAAGUGCAAGUAUGGCCCGUAUGGACGACGAAGACAUGGCUUCGAUGAUUGCUACCGGUCCCCGAACCAUGCCCUUUGGGAUCGAACGCGAAGUUGUUAUCAUGAAGUUAAUUGAGCACCCCAACAUCAUUAAUCUCUACGACAUUUGGGAGAACCGCGGUGAGCUUUACUUGGUCCUUGAAUAUGUCGCAGGUGGCGAGCUGUUCGACUAUGUUUCCGGCAACGGAGCUCUGCCUGAAGAUGAAGCGGUCAGACUUUUCCGUCAGAUUAUUGCUGGUCUUUCAUAUUGUCAUCGUUUCAACAUCUGUCACCGCGAUCUCAAACCAGAGAACAUUCUCCUCGACAGCAACCGAAAUAUCAAAUUGGCAGACUUUGGGAUGGCGGCCUUGCAACCGGAUGGGACGUGGCUCAAUACCUCGUGCGGCAGCCCACACUAUGCAGCUCCUGAGAUCAUACAAGGCAACCAAUAUCGUGGCGACAAGGCUGAUAUCUGGAGCACUGGGAUCAUUUUGUAUGCAAUGCUCAACGGUUUCCUGCCCUUUGAUGGGGGGACACUCGCCAACACUUUACGCUUGGUUAAGAAAGGAGAAUAUUUCCUACCUCCAAAUUUGAGUAUCGAAGCCGCAGAUCUCAUACAGCGCAUCUUACAAAAGCGACCAGAAAAGAGAAUCACAAUGGAAGAGAUCUGGGCCCAUCCGCUUCUCAAGAAGUAUGAGAAAUAUCACGCAAGCUUGGUGGCACCCGCACCGCUCAUCGGCGCAGCUCCACCUCUCAGUAUCGAGGCACAAGGCCGGCGCGUCACCAAACGUUCCGAUAUCGAUGCGGAAAUACUGAGAAACCUGUCGACGCUAUGGCAUGGCAAGAAACCAGAUGAGUUGAUCAAACAACUGAUGAGCGAGGAGCCAAACCAUGAGAAGCUUUUCUAUUGGGCACUGGUCAAGUUUCGAGAUGAUCAACUCGAGAAUUACCCAGGCGACCCUCUGCACUACUCUGCCAGUGACUAUCACCAUGUGAGCAAGCCUACACCCAAACCUAAGCGUGCACCAAACGGUCGUGGACACAACCGACGAGCUUCUCAAUUCUCCAUUGUUAGCGACGACAACAAUAGGCGAGAUGGCUAUUACAAAAAUCCUGGCACUGCGGCAAGCAAGGCUACUCAGAGCAGCUAUGAUCCUUAUCGAGCAUCGAGGACGCCAAUUGCAGGCGAUGCUCAUGAGCCGCCAACAGUCGUUGUCAGGUAUCGACCAACCACUCCAGGAGCGCGGUCAGUAAGCUCCGCUGGCAGCGUGAGGCACAAGGUUGUGGAGAGAUUGAGACCUGAUGUUCCUGCUCUCCCAACUUUCACAUCGGAAGAACUUGAGAGACUGAUUCAGAAGAAGCGUGCUUCAUAUUCCACAGCAACAUCCAAAAGCUCUCUGUCCAGUGCUCGACGCGCACCAGGUAUCCGAACGUCCGUGAGCUACAAGCGACAAGUCAGUUUCCAACAUCGACGACAGCAUUCCCAUGGUACCUCAACUCCUCACGCUCGCGCGCUGCUUUCCGACAAUUAUCUUGCGGACCGUCCUGGCACUCGCGGUACCACGAGCGGAAGAUCCGAGACGCAGAGCAAUCCGAGUCUACCAACACCUCCCCAAGCCUACCGACCACGCAAAUCCAGCUCCGAGAUUGACGUGAAGAAGCCACGUGUUGCUAGCUGUUACUGGAAAGACGAAACACGCAAAGUCAGUGCUGAACUGGGCAAAAUCUGUGAAGAAGCCUUCAAUCGAUCAUCGGUAUCUACCGUCAGCGAAGUCAGCCCAGCGCCCCCAUUGGAGUCCUCGGCGACAUCCAUGGCAGCACAUGCUUACAGAGUACCGGCUACUAUCCGUGAUCGCCCCCUCCCUGCGACACCGAUCCUCCAAGAACUGACGGAACGUCGAGAGAAGAUCAUCGAGACUUGGGGAGAUGCCGAUCCAAAUGUUCUGGCCGAUAUGCUGGCUGCUGUUGAUAAGCGCAUUGAUGCCGAGUUGAGCAAGGAGGGCAAGGGUGACAAGCGAGCGGCUUCUGAUCCAACACAUGGGGCUGCACCAAGCAGGUAUCGUCGUCCUAUCUCUCCAGUCGACACUAUGGAAGACCUGAAGCGCAACCGUGAGGAUAGCUCUAGAGCAGCAUCGGAUCCCGUCAACUUGAAGACCCCUCAGGUGUCAAAGGACACCACAAUUCGCCUCGUAACUCCAGACCCAACUUCGCCCUUCGCUCGCAUUGAGCCACUUCGAGUCAACAAGAACAAAGCUGCCCCUAUCAACUCCCUCAGAGGUGGACCGGCUGAAUCUUAUGAACGCGUGGGAUACGACACACGGUUGUAUGGGAAACGAGGACUUGACACGAUCGAUGAGAAUCCCGGAUCGCCAAAGAAGAACCGUUUCCAAACGUCGUCUAACGGCGCACGAAAAUGGUCCUGGCUCGGUAAACGUGGAUCUGGUCCACAGGAUCCCUUGGAUUCUUACAAGUCUUCAGACGAGAUCACACAAGAAACUGUUUCCAACGCCUCCCAGAUUGUACAGCCAAGCGAGUCAGGCAACUCUUCCACCCUUUCGACUGCAAAAGGGAGCGAACCACAGUCGGCUGAUAUCGAGUUGCAUCUGGAAAAGAAGAGAAAAUGGUUCCAGAAGAUGUUCGCGAGACCACCCAAGUCGAAGGACGGUGUUCCCGCCAACCCCAUUGGACAUCACAUUGUACGAGAUCUAUCAGACGGCUUAGACCCCAACGAACCGCAUCUAGAGAUCCACACCGAUAGCACGGUCAGAGCCCAGAAGUCUUAUCCUCCGGCGACCAGUGUCGAUGCCGCCCUGGCAGCGGCUUCAGUUGGUCCUAUUGAAAUCAACCAGAACUGGUUCGCCAAAUUCUUCCAUAUCAAGCCCGCGACUCGUGUGGUUUGUCUUCAGAUUAGCAAGGCCAAAGCCAAGAAAGAGCUUGUCAAGAUUUUGAAAGAGUGGCGGAAAUACGGACUGAGGGAUGUGGUGUCAGAACGACGAGGAGGUAGUGACGUUGUCCGAGGGCGCGUCGAUGCGUCAAACUACCUACAACUCAAGCCCGUUCACUUCCACGCCUAUCUGUAUUCGGUCCUUGAACACGGUCGAAAAGCGAAUUUGAGCAUUAUGAAGUUUACCCAAGAAAAGGGUGCAGCGAGCAGUUUUUACAAAGUUGUCGAUACUCUUGAGGCCGUCUUGAAGGAGCGGCACUUGUUGGUUCCUGAUACGCAGCGCAAGAAGGCCAUUGAGCGCAGUCUUAAGGAUGCAGGUUUGUGA